AUGCCUAUUUUAUUGUGCCAACCCUUAUUAAAAGAUACAAUAAUUAAAAAAAUACUACUAAGAUAUAUAUGGCUAUUUGCCUAUUUUAUUGUGCAAACCCUUAUUGCCGUGGGGCCCAAAAAAUUAUUGUGCCAACUAAUUAACGGCCAGGAAUUUUUAUGUUUGCUAAAUUCACAAAAAAAAAUCGUUAUCAACUUGUAUAUAUUCAUCUAUUACAACCUCUUAUUCAUAUCAUCCUCCUUUUUUUUUUUUGUGUUUGUUUUUUUGGGUCUCUCUCAUGGCGUCAAACGAUUCCCUAAAGAUAGUGGAGGUUUCCAAAGUUGCUCCGUUUAACGAUUCGUCUGAGCCACUCUCCGAGUUACGUCUCCCAAUCACUUUGUUCGAUGCAUUUUGGUUCAGAUUUCCUCCAGUUGAGCGAGUCUUCUAUUACCGACUCACUGAGCCAUCUGACCCGAUUUCAUGCAACUCGGUUAUUCUCCCCAAACUCAAGCACACACUCUCUCUCACUCUCCGCCACUUCCUCCCACUCGCUGGCAACCUCACGUGGCCCUCACGUGCUCCCCAACCUUUCAUCCUCUACACCCCAAACGACGGCGUUUCUCUCACCGUCGCUGAAUCCGACGCUGACUUUGACCGUGUGUCCGGUGAUAAACCACGCGGUGCUAUUGAAUCGCAUACCCUGGUACCGGAAUUGGCGAUAUCGGAGAAAACGGCGUCGCUUUUGGCGUUGCAGGUGACUCUGUUUCCACACCAAGGGCUUUCUAUUGGGCUCUCUACGCACCAUUCGAUUCUCGAUGGCAAAAGCACAACCAUGUUUAUCAAAGCUUGGGCUUAUGUAUGCAAAACCGGUAAGUCCGACUCGCUACCGCCGGAGCUUACACCGUUUAUGGACCGAGCCGUUAUAGAGGACCAAGAAGGAUUCUGCAGGCUUUUCCUGGACAAGUGGGCGCAAAGAAUCCAAGGCCAGAACCCAGAAAACUUGAAGGUACUCCCACAAUUAAGUUGUCCCAAGAACUUGGUCCGGUCAACAUUCGAGUUGACACGGGAAGAUAUAAAGAAACUCAGAGAGUAUGUAUCGUCGACUCGGCAAAAUUCAGAACCCAGAUCACUCCAUUUAUCUACGUUUGUUCUCACUUGUGCUUACACUAUGUCUUGCAUCGCUAAAUCCAAAAAAAUUGAGAGCAAUACGAGAUUCUGGUUUGGUUUCACGGCCGAUGUUAGGGAGCGUUUGGAUCCCCCGAUUCCGGCGAACUAUUUUGGUAACUGUGUUGCAACAUAUGGCGUAGCUCUUGAAGUAGAAGACAUUGCGGGAGCAGAGGGUGUGGUUUAUGCGGCGGAAAAAAUCGGUGAACUGGUAAAAGGGCUGGGGAGAGUAGAUCUUAGAGAAACAAAUGCGACGCUUGAGAAGUUUAUAGACUUAGAACCGGGAGCAGUAGGUGUCACGGUUGCUGGGUCACCCCGGUUCGAUGUGUACGAGUCGGAUUUCGGGUGGGGUAGGCCGAAGAGAGUGGAGGUGACGUCCGUGGAUAGGACGGGGGCCAUUUCGUUGGCGGAAAGCAGCGACGGGAGUGGUGGAGUUGAGAUUGGGUUGGCUUUAAGUGACGACAAAAUGGAGGUUUUCGCAGAAUGCUUUGCGGAUGGGCUGAAAAGCUAAGGGCUUAUAAAUAUGUGCUCAUUUAAAGCAGCUUCUGUUGUGUUUUAAGCAAAAUAUUAAGCAAUAAAUGUUUCAAGUCUAAUUUAUUUUUUGAAACAGCAGGGGGA